CAUAAGAACUUGACUUUGACAUUUCCUAUUUACUUCAAAUUAUAACCUUAAACUUAUUCAAAAAUAAAUUUCUCUGAAAUAUUUAUUUUUGAAUUUGGGCCAUGGGUUCUCGACAAAUUACAGAAAAAUCCUUGUCAAUUAUAAGAUCGUUGCCCCGAAUUUCUAUCGGUAACAUACGCGAUAACCCUGGUUCAAAAGUCACACAAAAACGAGGCCGUGGUCAACACGGUGGUGAUAAACAUGGUGCUGGAAAUAAAGGAUCAGGUCAAAGACAGAAUUAUAUGAGAUUAGGAUAUGAGACAGGAAACAAUCCUUUUUAUCUACGGAUGCCCCAAGAGCCAUACUACAAAGGACACCACCAUAGAAGAGAAUAUCCGCCACUAUCAUUAUUACAACUACAGACUUUAAUUGACACAGACAGAAUUGAUGUGUCAGUUCCUGUUGAUAUUGCAAGUAUUAUAAAAUCAGGAUUAUAUAAAUUUCACCCGGAACAGAAACAGUUUGGUAUAAACUUGACAGAUGAGGGUGCAGAUAUAUUUGCUGCAAAAAUUAACAUUGAAGUGCAAUGGGCAAGUGAACAAGUGAUCGCUGCAAUUGAGAGAAAUGGUGGAGUUAUAACAACUGCAUAUUAUGAUCCACAUAGUCUAUUCCUGUUGAAAAAUCCAGUGCAAUUUUUCAAAACUGGACAAGCUAUUCCAAGGAGGAUGAUACCACCACCAGAUGUCAUUGAAUAUUACACUAGUGCUGAAAACAGAGGUUAUUUAGCUGAUCCAGAAAUGAUAUCACAAGAAAGACUAAAAUUGGCACAAAAAUAUGGAUAUGAAUUGCCACAACUAGAAAAUGACUCAUUCUAUACAAUGUUGUGUGAAAGGAAAGAUCCUCGGCAGAUCUUCCAUGGCUUAGAACCUGGAUGGGUAGUGAAUUUGAAGGAUAAAUGCAUUUUAAAACCGACAGAUAGAGAAUUAUUAAGGUUUUACUCGUCAUAAAUUAAAUAAAAGGCCCCUUAAUAUUACUGAUUUGUUUAUUGUACCAUAGGUGAAAUAACAUUUAACAACUU